AAACAGGUUUCUUAUUUGACGAGUGUCUGGCCAGUCGGGUUUCUAGUUCUCGCGAGAGAAAGCGCAAAGCCUGUCGGGAGGGAUGCGCUGCAAUCUCUAGGUUUGCCCAAAAUGGCAGCCUUGGAAGAGGGUUUCACGUUGUCUGCGGUACCCUUGGGUGCCGGGCCUAACGGACUCCUAGGCGUGGAGCAGAGCGACAAAACAGACCAGUUUCUAGUGACGGAUGGCGGCAGGACUGUCAUCCUCUAUAAGGUUUCUGAUCAGAAACCCUUGGGAAGCUGGUCAGUGAAACAAGGUCAAAUUAUAACAUGUCCAGCUGUGUGCAACUUUCAAACUGGAGAGUAUAUUGUUGUACAUGAUAAUAAGGUUUUGAGAAUAUGGAGUAAUGAAGAUGUAAACCUGGAUAAAGUAUUUAAAGCUACA